UGUACGUAUUCGCUCUCGCCUUCGCCUCUCCAAGAUCCGUGAACAACAUACAGCAAACCCUAACAACCCACCCACACAGAAACGAAGAAAGGGAUCAGAGAUUCUCUCGUUCUCAAUCGUUUUCCUCAUUUCGCAUCGUUUCCCAACGAAAACCAGGGUUUUGAUACUAUCUAGAAUGGCGGCUCCGGCAGCGGCACCGCAGCAACCUGUCCCGGCUCAAGUUGUUGGCAAUGCUUUUGUUAAGCAAUAUUAUCAUAUACUACACCAGUCUCCUGGUUUAGUUCAUCGAUUCUACCAGGAUAUCAGUAAACUUGGACGCCCUGAGGAGGAUGGUUCCAUGAGCAUAACCACUACCAUGGAUGCCAUCAAUAGUAAAAUACUAUCGCUUAACUAUGACGAGUUGAGAGCGGAGAUUAAAUCUGUAGAUGCACAGGAGUCUUUAAAUGGUGGAGUCAAUGUUCUUGUCACUGGGUACUUGACUGGAAAGGAUAAUGUUCUCCGAAAUUUUACACAAUCAUUCUUUCUUGCACCACAAGACAAAGGCUUCUACGUGUUGAAUGAUAUGUUCCGCUACAUGGAGAAUGCUAAUCAUAAUGAAGCAAACAGUGCUCCUGCUGAGGAUGUUGAGGCUCCCAUCAUUCCUGAGCAAGUCCCCAAAAGUGCUUCUGUGCAAGAGAAUCAUAUUCCUGAUCAAGCUCCUGUACCGGCAGACGAACCUCAAGAGGAAGUGUUCAAUCCUCCGGAGGAUGUGGAAGUGGCUGUUGUGGAGGAGGAAGAGCCAGUGCCUGAAGUUGUUGAUGAAGUGCAGGAGGCAUCACAGCUUGUUGUUGAGUCUAACACUAAAAUUGAGGAAGUGCCAAAAAAGUCAUAUGCUUCUAUUGUAAUGGACCUGAAGCAGAAUGAUGUGCCUUUUUCGUCUCCAGCCCCCGGCCCAAGGAAACCUCAACCAAGGAACCAAGAGCAGCAGGUAAACAAUGCCCAACCAAUUGCCUCAGCCACUGAGGUGGUAGCUUCUAAUGUGGAUGCUGUCGAAAAUGGUAUUAACGAGGAAGAAGCUGAUGGCUAUUCCAUCUACAUCAAGGGUCUUCCUAUGACUGCUACACCUGCAUUGUUGGAGGAUGAGUUCAAGAAGUUUGGACCUAUUAAGCCUAAUGGCAUUCAAGUUCGAAGCAACAGGCAACAGGGAUUUUGUUUUGGCUUUGUUGAAUUUGAGGUGCCUGAUGCAGUUCAAAAGGCGAUUGAGGCUUCGCCAGUUUUAGUCGGUGGACGUAGUGCUGUUGUUGAGGAGAAGCGGUCUACAAACUCUAAAGGAGGAACGCGGGGAAGAUUUCCGAUUGGAAGGGGGUCUGGAUUCAGGAACGAGGGAAUGAGGGGUGGUCGUGGAAACUACGGUGGUGGUAGAGGGUACAACCGAGGCGGUGAUUUUGGUGGUGGAAGGAAUGAUUAUGGCGGCAACAGAGGUGGGGGGCGUGGAGGAGCACCAGCAAACCGUGGCGGUGGCGGUGGUGAUGGAUAUCAGAGGGAGCGUAUGAACCGGGGAAUGGGUGUGAAUGGAACAGCCAAGAAUAUGGCACCAAGAGUUCCUGCUACUGCUUGAAGAAGGCAGAGGAGCUGGAGGAUGAGGGAUUAAAAGACUAUUGAUUGGUUUAGUUGGGGAAAUUUUUGUCUAAGUAGGGGGGUAUUUUUGGUAAUUUGUGUUGUGUAGUAUAGUUUGUUGAUUUGUAUUUUGUUCUUAAGUGGAUUUUGGUUAGAGUAGAGUUGGCAUUGGUUGUAACAACUGGGUAUUGUUGCGUUCGUUAUGAGGAAAUUAUGAUUAUGCCCUUUUUGCU